GAUAAAUGAAUGUAUAUGUGUGUGGGUGACUCAGGUUCUGCACUAAGUUAACUAGAAGCUGCAAGUGCAAUGCUUUUCUCAUGCAAAUUGAGAUUCAUUUUCUCACUUGUGGUAGUUCGCGUGUUGCUUCUGAAUUUUGUGUUUUGUUAGUGCUACCUUGGUUCUAGAAUUGUCCAUGAAUACUACAAACCUUGAAAUUCAGGAUACUAGUAUGCGACGGAAACCUCAGCUCAUAUUUGGUUUUCAGGAGAUGCAACUUCUGAACCUUGAUUGAAAGGCAUCCAAGGGAUAUAUCAUAUGCAGCGGCCAGCCUUGAUACUUAUUCCAUCCUAUGCUUGCAUCAAACUGUUACACAUUUCCAUUAAGACAGCAUGCCUCGUGUUUUUGGCACCUUAUAUGGUCGCAAAAACCACUGGAUACCAUGCCAUCAUGCUUCACACACUGCAUACACCGAACGCAUAACAAACAAGGCUCGGUCAGAUUAAGAAUGCGUAACCCACCCACAAAUUAUGUGUAUAUAUAUAUAUAUAUAUAUAUGCAAUUUCAGUUGCCAGAGUGUUUCAGGUGCUAACAGGUCAUACCUGAAUAUAUCGCAAGUGCAGCCAUCGGGCAUAAGAUAGAUUGGUGGCAGGUUCCGUGGAGAUAAGAGCUGCACCUGCACGCACCGGAAGAUUUAGUAUUAGCUAGGGGUUAGGGCCUAGGGAAAAUGCUCAAAAUCGGAACCCAAAAAUUAAAGCAGAAUUAUCAGUCAGUUACUUAAUUUUUCAGAGUUUCUGUACCUUCAUUUGCAGCACCCGAACUGGGAGGAGGAGAUGUUUGUCGUUUGCACUUUUCUUUGUAGUGAGAAUCUUCUUUUCUGUAGAAAGAAUCAUCUGCAAGC